GAGUAGGGUUGGCUAAGCCUGGCGGGACUUCAUGAUGGCUUUAGUCUUUAGAAUAGCAAUGCAGUCUAUUGGACUUUUAUUUUCUUUGCUGGGAUGGGUUUUAUCUUGCCUUACAAACUAUCUGCCGCACUGGAAGAACCUCAACCUGGACUUAAAUGAAAUGGAAAAUUGGACCAUGGGACUCUGGAAAACCUGCGUCAUCCAGGAGGAAGUGGGGAGGCAGUGCAAGGACUUUGAUUCCUUCCUGGCUUUGCCGGCUGAACUCAGAAUCUCCCGGAUUUUAAUGUUUCUGUCGAACGGGCUGGGGUUCCUGGGCCUGCUGGUCUCGGGGUUUGGCCUGGACUGUUUGAGAAUUGCAGACAGACAGCAGGAUCUCAAGAAGCGACUGUUAAUCCUGGGAGGAGUUCUGUUCUGGACCUCGGGAGUCACAGCCCUCGUUCCAGUCUCCUGGGUUGCCUACCUGACAGUUCAGGAGUUCUGGGACGAGACCAUCCCAGAGAUUGUUCCCAGGUGGGAGUUUGGGGAAGCCCUCUUUACUGGCUGGUCUGCUGGCUUUUCUCUUCUGCUAGGAGGGUGUCUGCUCCACUGUGCAGCCUGUUCCACCCCAGCCCCUGGAGCUUCUAGCCACUAUGCAGUGGCAGAAAUGCAAGAUCACUGUCAACAACUAGAGAUGAAAAGCCCCAACCCAAAAGUCUAAGCCAGGAGGGAUCAGUGGUAUCUACUCUUCAAGGUGAUGCUUGCUCAACUCUGGAUUCGGUAGGAUCUCCUGCUGCACAGUCACCCACUCAUUAUGCUUUUGAUUACCUAAAAUGCACUUUUCCCCUUGUGACUAUUAGUUUCUUUAAAAAACAGUUUCUUUCUAAGACUGGUAAACAACAUUUAUUUUCUACUUGGACCAAAACCAAUCAAGACCUAAUAGUAAUCACAUUCAUUUCUGUAUAAGAGUUCUCUCAAUUUUAAAACAGGCUCAGUGAUUGCACAAAACUGGUAAAUGAAAUGUCAUUUUAGUAGUUACAUAUCUUUGAAGAUAUUAUUCAUAUGGAGUUGAAUAAUUUUGGCAAUUGGAAACAUUACUGCUAAUCAUUUACUUCCUUCAGGUUUUUAGGAUAACCUAUAAUAAUGAAACUAAGAUCUCUCUGCAUAUUUAUCUUAAAUGCAUGACACCUGAUUACACUAAAAAAUUGCUGGCUAUUUAAAGGUUUUGAAUCAUCCUUUUCAAUCAGGGGCUUCAGUGCCUCUAUGGUACCUGUUCCAGAAGUCCUUUACAUUCAUUCAUGUCCUCAAGCAGAGGAGGGCAAUCUUGUGUUCUGGAAGAUUCAUGUAGAAUCUGCCACACAAAUGUGUAUCUGCUUCUGUGUCCUAUGCUCACUUCAUGGUUGACCUUCCUAUCCUCCCCUGGCUCUGAGCAGCCACAGGGGGCAUGGCAGGUCCAGACUGGCGUGUGUGGGCAGAAAGCAUAGUGCCAGCUUAGGUGUGCUAUGCCAGAGCAUGCACUUGGGAGCUUUUCAUUUCCCUUGCACAAGGAAGAUGUUCCAUUUUUCUUCUCUUUAAAGUCAGCAAUACAUAUAGUCCAAAAUAAGAACUACUCAAAGCAAACUUCUGGCUCGGGGAAUUCUUUGUGGAACAUUUUGUAUUUGCUUGAUACAUGAUUCAAGUAAAUUCUUGUGUUUGUGCCAAUCAAGGAAAUUAACUGAACGAUAGGCAACACUAAAGUAUUAAGCAAUAUGUAUCUUUGUUUAAAAAAAUUUGAAUUUUUUCCCCCAUCCGCAAACACAUGGAAAGUGCAGAAACCAAAGUUAAUCUAUGUGAUGUAUUUGCAAACUUUGAUAAACAGGACAAAUUAAAGCA